AUCUCCUGACCUCGUGAUCUACCCGCCUCAGCGUCCUGCUGGGAUUACAGGCGUGAGCCACUGUGCCCGGCCGCCUAGGGAUUUUCAGGUACAGGCUGAGUGUGAAGCAUUUUAGCACAAGCUGGUUUAACGUGUGACCCUAAAGAACUGGAAACCCAAAGGAACCAAUAUUCCUGCCCCACAGAGUUCCAUCUUCAGUGAGGCUGUUUCUGGAGUUUAUAUGAUGACCAAGGUACUAGGCAUGGCCCCAGUUCUGGGCCCUAGGCCUCCACAGGAGCAGGUGGGGCCUCUGAUGGUAAAAGUCGAGGACAAAGAAGAGAAAGGCAAGUGCCUUCCUAGCCUGGAGAUGUUCCGCCAGCGGUUCAGGCAGUUUGGGUACCAUGACACCCCCGGACCCCGAGAGGCCCUGAGCCAGCUCCGGGUCCUCUGCUGUGAGUGGCUGAGGCCCGAGAUCCACACCAAGGAGCAGAUUCUGGAGCUACUGGUGCUGGAGCAGUUCCUGACCAUCCUGCCCCAGGAGCUCCAGGCCUGGGUGCAGGAACACUGCCCGGAGAGCGCUGAAGAGGCUGUCACUCUCCUUGAGGAUCUGGAGCAGGAACUGGAUGAGCCAGGACACCAGGUCUCAACUCCUCCAAAGGAACAGAAGCUGGUAUGGGAGAAGAUACCCUCCUCGGGAACUGCAAAGGAAUCCCCGAGCAGCGUGCAGCCACAGCCCUUGGAGACCAGUCACAAAUACGAGUCUUGGGGGCCCCUGUACAUCCAAGAGACUGGUGAGGAGCAGGAGUUCACUCAAGAUCCGAGAAAGGCCCGAGAUUGCAGAUUGAGUACCCAGCAUGAGGAAUCAGCAGAUGAGCGGAAAGGUUCUGAAGCAGAUGGGCUCAAAGGGGAUAUAAUUUCUGUGAUUAUCGCCAAUAAACCUGAGGCCAGGUUAGAGAGGCAGUGCGUAAAACUUGAAAAUGAAAAAGGAACAAAACCCCCUCUUCAAGAGUCAGUCUCCAAGAAAGGUAGAGAAUCAGUUCCUACUAAACCUACCCCAGGAGAGAGACGUUAUAUAUGUGCUGAGUGUGGCAAAGCCUUUAGUAAUAGCUCAAAUCUCACCAAACACCGGAGAACACACACUGGGGAGAAACCUUACGUGUGCACCAAGUGUGGGAAAGCUUUCAGCCACAGCUCAAACCUCACCCUCCACUACAGAACACACUUGGUGGACCGGCCCUACGACUGUAAGUGUGGAAAAGCCUUUGGGCAGAGCUCAGACCUUCUUAAACAUCAGAGAAUGCACACCGAGGAGGCGCCGUAUCAGUGCAAAGAUUGUGGCAAGGCUUUCAGUGGGAAAGGCAGCCUCAUUCGUCACUAUCGGAUCCACACUGGGGAGAAGCCUUAUCAGUGUAACGAAUGUGGGAAGAGCUUCAGUCAGCACGCAGGCCUCAGCUCCCACCAGAGACUCCACACCGGAGAGAAGCCAUAUACGUGUAAGGAGUGUGGGAAAGCCUUCAACCACAGCUCCAACUUCAAUAAACACCACAGAAUCCACACUGGGGAAAAGCCCUACUGGUGUCAUCACUGUGGAAAGACCUUCUGUAGCAAGUCCAAUCUUUCCAAACAUCAGCGAGUCCACACUGGAGAGGGAGAAGCACUGUAACUGCCACGUGCACUCGUGUUGUUGUUGUGGUUGUGUUAAACUUUAGCAUUUGAACACCAGGAAGAAGUCUUGUUGCAGCAGCAUUGAUUCCAGCGAUAGAGUUUGUGUCACUCAACAUCAGGGGAUCCUGAGGAGUGAGAGCUCCACAGCAACACGACAGGCAGGAGGAGGUCCUCAGAAGGUGUCAGGAGGUUCCACACUUGCCAGUUCACUGGAGCCAGAGUCCCUUCCCCACACUUAGGGUCCCAGUAAACCAUGCCAGCAUUACCUUUUGCAUAGUUAAACUGAUGUGUAUCCAGGCUAGUUAAGGAAGAAACAUUAAGACUGUUUAAUUUUUAACAUAUAUUCAAGAAUUUUAAUUUGUAAAUAAUUGAGCCACAUUGAACACAAUUGAAUGAGAUUCAGAAUAAACUUGUAACAUCUUGUAA